GUGCCAGUUCCCGUCUAUUCGUUCUGUUCAAACAUGGCCGUCAGCUAAACAGACGAUAGUGAAUUUGACAUUUUGAAAUAACUGUUCAAUAUUUGAGUUUAUCCCUGGACUUCUGGAUCUGCCACCACUACAUGCAUUUGGUUAAUUACUAUAGAAAGCAUAUCGGUGAUAUUUGGGGAUCUACAGAUCCCAGAUUGGACAGGAUUCUUCCCAUGCAUGUGAUUACAGAGCAGGACUCGGUUGUAAACAAAUCCACAGGUCUUACUUCGCGUGAUAGAAUUUGACACUCGAGGUUAGGCUAUUUUCACAUUAUGGCAGAUGAACAUGAUAUCAUAGGAAGCGCAUCGGAGUUUAUCAAAGAUCGCCUCUAUUUUGCAACCUUGCGAGUGAAGCCAAAGUCUACAGCCCAUACUCAUUACUUCUGCAUAGAUGAAGAACUUGUGUAUGAAAAUUUCUAUGCAGACUUUGGACCCUUGAAUUUAGCCCUUCUCUACAGAUACUGUUGUAAAGUGAACAAGAAGUUAAAGUCAUUCUCCCUCGCCAAGAAGAAGAUUGUACACUACACAAGCUUUGAUGCCAGGAAGAGAGCCAAUGCAGCAUUUCUCAUUGCAUCUUAUGCUAUAAUAUACCUGAAGAAGACACCCGAGGAGGCUUACCGGCCACUUGUUGCGGGGUCCAACCCACCAUUCCUACCGUUCAGGGAUGCGUCUUUCGGGGCCUGUACCUACAACCUCACCCUCCUUGACUGUCUUCAUGGACUGAGCAAGGCUCUAGCUAAUGGUUUUUUCAACUUUGACACUUUUGAUGUCGAUGAGUAUGAGCACUAUGAGAAAGUAGAAAAUGGUGAUUUCAACUGGAUCAUGCCAGGGAAGUACCUGGCAUUCUGUGGACCUCACCCCAAGUCUAAAAUAGAAAAUGGUUACCCUUUGCAUGCACCUGAAGCAUACUUCCCUUACUUUCGGAAACACAACGUGACAACGAUAGUUAGGCUCAAUAAGAAGAUCUAUGAUGCCAGACGCUUCACAGAUGCUGGCUUUGAUCACUACGAUCUUUUCUUCAUCGAUGGCAGCGUUCCAAGCGACAGCAUCGUCAGACAGUUCCUUGAAUUGUCUGAGAACACUGAUGGGGGUAUUGCAGUACAUUGUAAAGCUGGUCUGGGGCGGACGGGUUCGUUGAUAUGUUGCUACAUGAUGAAGCACUACAAGUUCACAGCAGCGGAGGCCAUUGGCUGGAACAGGAUAUCGCGGCCUGGGUCCGUCAUCGGGCCGCAGCAGAACUUUCUUGAAGAGAAACAGGCUUGGUUAUGGAUGCAAGGAGAUCUUUUCCGAGCCAAACAGAAAGAAAGAAGUCGUGAGCGGUAUGGAGGCGUGUCAAAGAUCCUGACAGGUGUGGAUGACAUGUGUAUACAAGAUGCCCUGGACUCGGACAAGUACAGCUAUGGCAAAUAUCAUGAUGAGGAUAACAUCUAUUCUGGGCCCGUGACAAGGAGUAGUGCCAUCGAGACACAAGGAGACAAACUGAACCAGCUGAAGAUGCAGAGAAGGCAUCCUCGAUCAGCCACUACUGGAGCACUUGGCAUCGAUGAUGGCAAAGUUCACAAGAGGUCGACAACACAACCUCUGCGCAUGGCAGGAUCUAAGAGUGCUCAGGGAGUUAUGUCCCCUUUGAAAUCCUCCAAGGUUUCCUCAGCUGUGCUUGCAAACAACCAUGCUAACGCAUCCACCAAGCGAAGUACCCGCCUGACGGGAAGUUCGCUAUCAAGUGCCAAGAGAAAACAUCAGCAGUAUUGUUUGAGGAAAACCAUUCAGUCUAGCAGCUGGACUAGGCGUAGCCUUGAUUUAGAAUCAGACUACCAUGAUAAUAAGAGUUUGGACAAUAAAAGCAACCUGUAUUCUAGUUCGAGGGAUAUUUAUAAAACCACAGCUGAUAUCAACAGUUCCUGGCCCUACAAAUAUCACUUACGCUCCAACUAUACAAUCGGUUCCUCAUACUCGUAGUGUGAAGACCUCCCAUCUACGAUGAUAUCAACCACUCUGUUCCGGCAACGCCCACCAACUGAGAGUCACAACGUUAUUAUUGUCCAUACUUCCUGGCUGGAGGAUUUCAGAAUGUGUACAGUUCUAUUUUUAUAGGGGAUUCACUUAGUCACAUACUGCCCUGCUUCAGAUGUGUGUAGAUAUAUAUAUAUAUUGUCAUGUCAAGCAUGGCAGGUUAAUAAACCAGUUAAAUGUACAGAAGAACCAACAACCAACAUGUAUGCAAACAUAUUUUGUUAAUAUUAAUUAAUAAACAAAUGCAUUAAGAUCUAACCAAUCCUAUUACCAUAGUUGCAAUUGUAACCAUGGCCCAUAAGGCAUAUUUUAUCUUAUUAUUUUAAUGUGUUACAAGGAGAAUUAAUUUACUAUGAACAUUUUUAAAGAUAAAAUUGUCACUCUGUUCAUCUAUAUAUGAAACUAUACUAUAGGGAGUGUAUUGGUUUUAUAUUAAACCCAGUGAAGUAGUUUGUAUUUAUCACUGGGAGACUCAGUUAACUGUUGUAUCAUCUAUGCAUGUCAUAAUAUUGAAAUACUACACCCAUUUAGCAACACUGUUCCCACAGAUUUGUUUACAGGUCUGUUUUAUGUUCACAUUUCCCUUUUAACGAUCAUAAUGACAUGUAUAUUUUAAGUCUUAAUAUGGAGUGGUCAGAAGUUCACUAUCUUGUGUUGAAUAUCCUGAUUUUAAUCUUAUGGUCGUGAUAGAUGGUUGCAUUAAAUGAUAUAUAUGUGAUUGAUAAAUAGAUAUUUCUGGCAUGAAUACUUGACAUCUUGGUGUUUAGGUGGCGAGAUAUUAGACUGUUUUGAUUAUACCAGAGUUAUUCUGUGAUAAUGGCCUCUUUUAAGGUUUGCAUGUUACAUUCUGUUCUUUUAUAUCAUGUUGAUGUGUCUAACUCACAUGGUUGAAAUUUGCCGUUUCCCCUGUUGUUGGUUGGUGUAUUGUAGAUACAGAUUUAUAUACCAAUCCCUAUACAAAUAUUGAAAGGAGCAGUGCUCAAUAUUUAUUUAUUCCAAAAGUUUUAGGUAGACAUUUUUAACAUGUUUCAUUCUAAAUGAAAUUAAUGCUUCUAUUUUGAAAUGUAAACAUUCUGCUCAUGUCGUAGUUUUGUUUUUACAAAGGGAUUCCACUUUUGCAGGUUGGAGGUAGGAAAUAAUGCAUGGUAAUUGUUUAGUAGCAAAUCCUCAUUAUACGACUGUAGCAGACUACUGGGUUUGUUACUGUAUUUUUGUAUGUUAACCCAUAUUUAUUAAAUGCUUCUGAUGAAACAUGUGUCAGAUGGUUCUCAUGUUUGCCAGAUUUUCAAAAUGUGAAUUGUGUGCACAGAAUUGGAGUUUCUACCAUUUGCUGCCUUUCUUAAAUUCUGUCAAGUCUUAUCAUCCAAAGAUUGUUCAUUCUUGAAAAUCUUCCUUAAGUGUGUCAUUUAGAGGGCCAGUUGGAAAUGUGUGUGUAUGCGUGUGUACUAACAUUAGUUUGUAAAGUUUUCAUUUCACAGAGAGAAACCUGAAUAAUGAUUGUUAAAAAAUGAAUGGCAGUGAAUUCAAAUAUUCUGAUGAUUAUUCAAAUUAAUGAAAGUAUAUUGAUUGAUAAAUUUUAGAAUGUUCAAUGAAAUAAAAAAAAAAGAAAUUUAAUGUAAGAUGAUGUCACAAGUCCUAUUACAAGCAUGAUGCAUAAUGUUAAAGUGAGGAAGCAAGCAAUAACACUUGUAUGGCUGAUGCUGAUAAAGAGAAAGUGCGGAAUAACAACAUGUUUCUCUGUGAUCUCUACUAAGGAACAAUAACUACGUGCUCAACGUGAACAUCAAAUUUUUGACCGACACAAAUCAAGCAUGAUAAGGAAGGUUUCAUUAUUAUUUAAAUAAAACGAAUAUACAGAGAGUUGUCUCCCUUCAAUUGGCCAAUUCUUGCAUGGAGCAACCUGCCACUAAGACAGUCUGUAUGAUAGUCAUUGACACAUAAUCUAAUAUACUGCAGUUCACAGUAAGUCCACAUUUCUGAGAAAACCAAGUUUAACCAUUUUGUCUGACCUAUUUAUGGCCAAACAUUUAGCCAUUUGUAGACAGACAGAACUAAUAUAAAGUAAUUAACAAUAAUUCUGAUUGCUUCAGUUCUUGAAAGCUGCACUUGGGAGAACAAUUGACCGUGUUAAACUAUAUCUAGGCUGUGUCUCCUGUCCCCUUGUUUCUCCUUGGGGACCAGCCAGGUUUGCUGCUCCUCUUCCUUCUGUAUCUGAGCUUUAGUCUGUCUGCAUGUUAGGGUGUAACUGUACAUGCUCAUAGAAGGAUUGUCAUGGUUGUAUAUUUGAUACUAUUUUAUCAUACAAUGCUAUUGACAUUUAGAAAAUAUGAAUUAAAAUAUAUUACAAUGAA